UGUCAUCCGAGUUAAAGUUGGAUGUAGUUAUCUCUCUUGAUCCAAAAGAACCCGAAUCAUGUUCUUCUAAUGGAAAAGUCAUAUUAAGUGAAAGUAAAAAUGCGUUAUAUAAGAUGAUUAAUGGCAUUCAAAAGCAAGGAUACAGAGGAUUAAGUGACAGGUUCUUUAGAGGGAAUCGAGCCACAUUUGGCGGCGGUGCAAAUAUUUCAGUUGACGGGGAUGAAAAGAGAGAACAUAGGUUAGGAACAAAAUCAGGACCUCUUCUGUCGGGAACAGCUUACUGUAUAACUUCCUGCAGCAUGAUUUUGCUAAAUAAAGUCGUUCUUUCGGGUUAUAAUUUCAAUGCUGGAAUAUCAUUGAUGUUUUAUCAAAAUCUAAUUAGCACUCUAGUAGUUGCCUUAUUUGGGCUCUCCAGAGCAAUUUCAGUGGAAAAGCUAAAUUGGAAGCUGGUUAAGAUUUGGAUACCUGUUAAUAUAAUCUUUGUUGGCAUGCUUGUUUCAGGCAUGUACAGUUUGAAAUACAUAAAUAUUGCAAUGGUGACAAUUCUGAAGAAUGUGACAAAUAUUUUAACAGCAGUUGGAGAGUUGUAUAUAUUUCGAAAACGUCAGAAUCCGAAGGUCUGGACUGCAAUGUUUCUAAUGAUUAUCUCUGCUAUCAGUGGAGGGAUCACAGAUCUCUCAUUUGAUGCAACAGGAUAUGCUUGGCAGAUUAUUAAUUGUGUUCUAACCGCUAGCUACUCGCUUACCCUGCGGCUGGUCAUGGACAAAGCGAAGCAGGUGACUAGAUCAGGAUCUCUAAACGAAUUUUCAAUGGUGUUGCUGAAUAACUUAUUAUCUCUUCCUUUUGCCAUCUUCUUGAUUCUCUUAUUCGAUGAAUGGAGAUAUGUAAUGACUGUGGAUGUAAUAAAUUUGCCUAUGUUCUGGGUUGCUGCAACAGCCAGUGGGUUUCUUGGGCUUGCAAUUAGCUUCACCUCCAUGUGGUUUUUAAAGCAAACUGGUCCAACCACAUACAGCUUGGUAGGUUCAUUGAACAAGAUUCCAAUCUCCAUUGCUGGUCUUGUAUUGUUCAAGGUUCCACUGAGUUUUCCAAAUAUGUUCAGCAUAGUUUUUGGUCUAUUUGCUGGGAUAUUCUUUGCCAGGGCAAAAAUGUCCUGACUCAAGAACUGGGCGCCAAUCAAAUACAUUUCAGGAAACAAAUUUAUAUGUCUAAGUUGAUCAUGCUGAGGAGAUUAUGAAGCUGGAAGAACAAAGAUCAAGUUACAAAGAACACCCAAAUAUCAAGGGAUUGGGAAAUAUUGGAGCUCUUUUUUUUAAUACGACACCACUCACGAGAAAAAUUAUCUUUGAUCAUAUACAGACUGUUUGUUUUAAUUUGGUUACUUAUUAUGUGGGCAAAAGUAUCGAAAAUGUAUUCUUUUU